AUGUGGUGGGACGAGCGGGUGUCGGCUCGGUUCCGGAGGAACCUGCAGCCCACCCUCACCUACUGGAGCGUCUUCUUCAGCUUCGGCCUCUGCAUCGCCUUCCUGGGGCCCACGCUGCUGGACCUGCGCUGCCAGACCCAGAGCUCGCUCUCGCAGAUCACCUGGGUCUUCUUCUCGCAGCAGUUCUGCCUCCUGCUCGGCAGCUGCCUCGGAGGGGUCUUCAAGAGGACGCUGGCCCAGUCCCUGCUGGCCCUGUUUGCCUCGUCCCUGGCCAUCUCCCUGGUGUUUGCCAUCAUCCCCCUGUGCCACAACGUGGUGGUGCUGGCCGUGGUCAUGGCCGUGGCCGGGCUGGCCAUGGGCUGCAUUGACACCAUCUCCAACAUGCAGCUGGUCAAGAUCUACCAGAAGGACUCUGCCAUCUUCCUGCAGGCCCUGCACUUCUUCGUGGGUUUUGGGGCUCUGCUGAGCCCCCUGAUCGCCGACCCCUUCCUGUCAGACACCAACUGCAUCCUGGCCAACGGCACGGCCAACGCCUCCAGCAACCUCCCGCACAUCCGCAAGUCCCUGGUGCCGCACCACCCCGGCAACCUGUCCCACUACGACCUGCCCAUGAAGGGCAUGGUGGUGACACGGGUGUCCUACGCCUUCUGGAUCAUGGCCCUCAUCAAUCUGCCCGUGCCCAUUGCCGUGUUCUUCCUGCUCUACAAGGAGAGGAUGGUGCCCUGUUUCAAUGGCAGCAGCCACCCGCUGCUGUCAGCUGAUGAGCUGGCCCUGGAGACACGGCCUGGGGACAAGGACGAGCUCUCCACCGCUGGCCAGCGAGCCAACACGGCUGCAGGUCACGAGGAUUUGUUCAGCUGCUGCCAAAGCAAAAACUUCCAAGGGGCUUCCUUCACCUAUUUCGCCGUGCACAUCACCGGGGCUCUGGUUCUCUUCAUGACUGAUGGCAUCGUGGGAGAAUAUUCGGGUUUCGUGUACAGCUACGCCGUGGAGGAGCCGCUGGCCGUGGUGCACAAGGUGGCCGGGUACCUGCCCAGCCUUUUUUGGGGUUUCAUCACCCUGGGCAGGCUCAUCUCCAUCCCUGUGUCCUACAGGAUGAAGCCAGCCACCAUGGUCUUCAUCAACGUGGUCGGGGUCCUCAUCACCUUCCUGCUGCUCCUGAUUUUCUCCUCCAGCGUGGUUUUCCUGUUUGUGGGCACAGCAUCCCUGGGGCUGUUCCUCAGCAGCACCUUCCCCAGCAUGCUGGCCUACACUGAGGACAUCCUGCAGUACAAAGGCUGUGCCACGACCGUGCUGGUGACUGGAGCUGGCAUUGGAGAGAUGGUGCUGCAGCUGCUGGUGGGCUCGAUUAUCCAUGAUCGGGGCAGCUACAGUUUCCUGGUGUGUGGGAUGAUUUUUGGGUGCCUGGCCUUUACCUUCUACGCCCUGCUGGUGUUUUUCCACAGGAUGUAUCCCAAGCCCUCCCCAGAGCUGGACGAGGCCUCCCCUGGCAGAGCAGCAGAGCCCGAGGACACGGGGCAGUACCAGCGCUGAGGGACGGCCCAGCCCUGCACAAGCAAUAAAUCAAAUUAAACAUCACUCCCAAGGCUGAUCUCCCUUUUAAUGAACUGAAUCGGGCGAGUUCUCUGCAAUCAAAAGCACAGGAGGUGGGGUAAAGGCAGAACGGAGGAAAUCCAGCCCAAAAACGUCUGAGCUGAGCACGGGGUUGUG